CGGAGGAGUUGAUGAAGUAGAAAUGAAUCGGAUUUGUAAUUAUAUUGGUGUUUCUCGUAAUGAAGAUUUUGCGAUUUCUUCUGAUGCUUGGGAAGCUAGUAAGAAAAAGCGUUCCUCUUCAGAUGUUAUUAACAGUUUAAAGUCUCUUGACCUUGAUAGUAACAAGGUUCAGGCUCAGGAUUUGAGUGAAGCAGGUCCUAGUGGUGUUGUUCUUGAUGCUUCUAAUUCAACGAAUCGGGACAUUACUAAGUUAGCCCCUUACGAUUCGAGGGAUAUUGCGGUUGCUGGUUGUGGUGGACUCAAUGGGGUAAGACCACCAGUACUUAACCUUCCUCCUGCGGAUAACAGAGUUGUUGAUGGUGGUACGGUAGCAAAAUAGGCGUGGUAUUGGUGGGGGUAUUA